GCAUCCCAGCAUCAUCAUCAUCACCACAAUCAAGUGCAAUUGCUUACUUGGUGAAGAAAAAAAAAGAUUCGACCGACCGCAUUUGCGUCUUCAUUAUUGUUUGUCAUUAUUAUUAUUAUUAUUACGGUUACCCCUCUGACAGAUAGACAAUAAAAGACUUGGUCGAGAUCCUUAACUCCUAGUUAAGUAGUCUUCGGUAUACACUUGUUUUUUAAGAAAAGUCGUCACGAAUGUGAGGGAGGACGAACUUUAUAAAACUUAACCCAAUAAUGCUCACCACCACCAGGGCUCAUUCAUCUUUUCUAAUUUUUUGCAACUAACCAACAACUUCUUCUUCUUCUUAAUCACUCUUCGGUCGGUAUUAUACAUCUGCAUCUACUGACGUGGAACAGUUAUUAGAGACCAAACCACCGCACCGCCAUCAUAUCAACCUCAUCAAGACGACGACUCGGUUUCAUUUGCUGGAAGGAGACGAGAAAAAAAACUUGAAAUGAAGUGAAUAAUAAUAAUACCCGAGCUUUUUUGAUCUUUCUCCGAAAGUGCAGUUCCAGUUUCCAGUCGAGUCUGCCUCGCUGUCUGAGAGCUGCUGCUGCCUUUUUCUUCUGGAAGUCUGGCCCGAGAUCGUCAUCAUCAUCACCGAGUUUGAGUGUAAAGUGCAUUCGAGUUGGUGGGUGGAUUGGAUGAUGAAGACAAAUUGCUCCAGAUUGAGAAUGAGGACGUAGAGAAGAAGAAGAGUGGAUGGAGGAAGGUGGAGAAAGCAACAUGGUCAAAAAAUAAAUUAAAUUUAGACUACUCUCUCUUCUCUGCUGCUCGUUCGUGGCUAACUUUUAUGGGUAAAACAUCUCCAGAUUCCAGUAAGUAGCAAGUCUUCUUCUGUGUCUUCUUCUCCUGCACAGCAGUUGGACAACUUUUUUUCCUAUUUUCCUCGCAUCUGGUUUAGUGUGCGAGAUAAGACUAAAAAAUUUUAUUAACAAAACAUUCUCCGCUGCCACGAGAGAUAAGCCAUAUUUAAGAAGAGUGAGCAAAUAUAAGUGUUAGUUACUAAAUACUUUCAUCCAUUUAAGAGUUUAAUGAUAAAGAAGGAGGGGAUUUUUUGUGAUAUGGAAUAUUGUUAUUACUAAAGUAAAAUUCUGACCAGUUUCUUAUUUAAUUUUGUAGUAAGAAGCAAAAUACCCAAGUGCAUUCCGAGAAUUGCUUAAGAAUUUCUCCAAUCCAACUUUGCCUCUUCCGAUCCAUUAUUUUAUUGAAUACUUUGAUACCGACGUGGUAACAUAUCUUAAUAUUUAAUACAUUUUCUUAAUACCAUCGAAUAGGGUUAGUCACAAGGAUACAAAUUUAGUAACAACGUACAGUUCAACUUAACUAAAAAGCCAUAUAUACAUACAUAUAAAUUUGACGAGAAACACUUAACUGUUCAAUUAAUGAAAUUAAAAUAGUGCAAGAAUUGUGUGAGAACAUUGGAAGGUGAAAAUAUCGUGUGAAUCUCUCUCUCCAAUAAUUUGUUAUUCAAGAAAAUAGACGACGCACGAGGCGCUAUCUUGUUGAAAUUUUUUUGACUGAAAUCUCAUCCUUUUAUGAUUGUUGUCUUGCUGAAUCUAUUUAUUUUGCUAUCGGCAUCUCAUGUUGAUUGAAUCUUUUCCUAUUGUUGCCUGAUGCUCGAUCGUCUCCCCAGUUCCAGGACAGCAUCAAAAGAAAUUGUACUAUAUCAUGACUACCAGCUUGCCAAGACAGCCGUGGAGUUGAAUGCUAUGCUGGAAACUGGUGUGGACAUAAAAUUAAAGGGACAAGAAAAAUGCUCAUGAUACGAGGCGUGGGGAGUGCGAGGAAGGCAGUCCUGGUCGUUUUAUGCGUCUUAACUCCGUUCGUAUUUAUUUUUUUACUCGUCAGAAGUGGUAACGAUCCGGGAUCAUGUCAAAUUUUUACUAGUCGUGAGACGGUGGUGUCAGGAAAGGAUGGGAAAACUUUUACUUAUGACAGAACUUCGCCAUUCAUUUUCAUCGGGGGAUUUCCUCGCUCUGGAACGACGCUUGUCCGAGCUAUGCUGGAUGCUCACAAUGAUAUUAGGUGCGGGGAGGAGACGCGUGUCGUGCCACGAAUCCUGCAACUUGCAGCCCAGUGGAACAGAUCUGCUAAAGAGUCGAAUCGGCUUCAUGAGGCCGGUCUAACUGAUCAGAUUAUUGGGGAUGCCGUAGCCUCCUUCAUAAUGGAAGUCGUUGUCAAGCAUGGAGAGCCCGCAUCCAGAUUGUGCAACAAGGACCCCUUCACUUUGAAGUACGGAGUCUACCUACUUAAGCUAUUCCCACAGGCCAAAUUCAUUUUCAUGAUUAGGGAUGGACGAGCCGUUGUACAUUCCUUAAUUACGCGCAAGGUCACAGUGACUGGCUUUGAUCUGACAGACUACAGACAGUGCUUAACCAAAUGGUCCAAUUCCAUGAAAACGAUGCUUCGUGAGUGUGAAGACCUUGGACCGGAUCGCUGUCUUAAAGUCAAAUAUGAAGACUUAGUUUUGCACCCUCGCUCCCAAAUGGAGACAAUUCUAAAUUACUUGGGCCUCCCCUGGACAGAAGAUGUUAUGCACCACGAAAGAUACAUAAACAAACCGGGUGGUGUUUCCCUAUCCAAAGUUGAACGAUCCUCUGACCAAGUUGUGAAACCCGUCAAUGUGGAAGCACUAUCCAAAUGGGUGGGUGUCAUCCCUGCCGAUGUCAUCCAGGACAUGGAUACCGUGGCUCCAAUGUUACGAGAAUUUGGCUACGAUCCCAACUCGAACCCUCCAAACUAUGGCGCCCCAGACCCCGAAGUAGCCACAAAUACCGUCGAAGUUCAGAAAAACUCGGAUAAAUGGGUCAAAACAGUUGAAGAUGUUUUACACAAAUCUAAAGGAGGCAACACAAAAAACUAAUAUAACUACUUUUUCAUGAAAUGAAAAUCUCCAAAUUAUUACGACUUAUUUUCAAUUGUUACAUGAAUUAUAUAUUAUAUAGUACUACAAAUAUUUAGUUUCGUAAGUUUACUACGAAUGUGGUGACUGGCUGCAGAGUGAGGUGCGUUUCAAAUAUGCAUGAUUCGCUUAAGUAAAAAAAAUCUCUGAUCUUGUCUUAAAAAUUCUUCAAAAAUUCUCGUAAGUAAAACCAAAAUAUCAUCAUCAUCAUGUAUGUCCUUUCAGGAGGGUUUGCUUCCUCGUUCAAUUGUUGUUCUUCUACCACAAGACUACAAGAAAAAAUAAAAAUAAAAAAUAAUUGAAUUAUAAAA